AUGAAUACGACUACUUGUUCAAGGUUGUUUUGAUCGGAGACUCAGGUGUCGGAAAAUCGAACCUUCUCUCUCGUUUUACUAGGAACGAAUUCAACUUGGAAUCGAAAUCGACUAUCGGUGUAGAAUUCGCUACAAGAAGUAUUCAAGUUGAAGGUAAAACAGUGAAAGCUCAAAUUUGGGAUACUGCCGGACAAGAACGUUAUCGAGCAAUUACAUCUGCUUAUUAUCGUGGUGCUGUUGGUGCACUUUUGGUGUAUGAUAUUGGUCAGUUUUAAAAAUUUCGUGGUAUAAUUUUCCAGCUAGUUGAUUAUCGACAGAAAUCCAUUGGUUCUCAAAUUUCAUAAACAGAAAAUCUUAGUUUUCGAUUACCUCAGAAGAACAGAGAAAAUUGAUUUUAAAAUGAUAUUGUUUCAGCUAAACACGUAACUUAUGAAAACGUUGAACGUUGGCUCAAAGAACUUCGCGAUCACGCCGAUCAAAAUAUUGUAAUUAUGUUAGUCGGUAACAAGAGUGAUUUGAGACAUUUGAGAGCUGUACCAACUGAUGAAGCCAAGAUUUAUGCGGAAAAGAAUCAAUUGUCUUUCAUAGGUAAGUUAAUCUUUUUGAGUGGUCAACAUUUUUAUAUAAUUUGUAACAUUAUAGAGACAUCUGCCCUCGACAGUACAAAUGUUGAAGCAGCGUUCACAAAUAUCUUGACUGAGAUCUACAAAUCAGUUUCGAACAAACAUGUUGGUUCGGAUCGACAAGGUUACGGAGGUGGAAGUGGAACAAUCAUUCCAACACCACCAACGGAACCACCAAAGAAACAAUGUUGCAAUUCUUAA